AUGUCUUCUUUGGAAGAACAAACUUCCACGUUUGUUGCGGCCGACAUGGUCUACAUCUUAUUCUGUUCAUUUGGAGUAUUUCUUAUCACUCCAGCAAUUGGUCUAUUUUACAGUGGAGUUCUCAAGAGAAAGAAUGUGGUCCAGGUGUUGUUUCAAACAUAUAUGACUACAAGUAAUGUGGUAAUUAUGUGGUAUCUUAUCGGCUACUCUCUUGGAAAUUCUCCAACUUCCACCUCUAAACUUAUUGGAAAUUUGGAUAAUGCUGCUCUUCAUGACGAGCAAGCCAAACCAUUAUUGGAAGGCGGGAACCUUCCUUCGACCAUCAAUUUUUGUUUUAAUGUGUUUUUCCCUGUUGCAACCGUACAGAUUUUCGUUGGAGCAAUUGGUGAAAGAGGCCGGUUUUUACCAUCCCAAGUUGUAGCGUCGAUCUGGACAAUUGUCGUAUAUUGUCCCUUGGCGUUCUGGGUAUGGGGAGCAAACGGAUGGCUUUUGAAUUUAGGAGCGUUGGAUUUUGCUGGUGGAGGUCCUGUUCAUAUUGCAUCUGGAGUCGCUUCUUUUUGCUAUUCUUGGUUCAUUGGUCCUCGCGGAAAACCAGGUAAACGGACAGGCACUGUAACACCUUAUAGAGGACAUUCUUCUACCACCACUUUCAUUGGAGUUACUUUGAUUUGGGCAGCUUGGUUCUGUUUCAAUUCCGGUACACUUUUGUCGGUGAAUGCCAGAACCGGCUAUAUUUUCCUCAACACCAUUCUUGCUUCGAGUUUUGCCUCGGUAGCUUAUGUGGCUACAGACAAGGUACUCACUGGAAAGUACUCGAUGGAGGCUGCUUGUGAAGGAGUUAUCGUGGGUCUUGUUAAUAUUACUCCUUCAUGUGGUUUCUACUGGCCAUGGGCAGCAGCGGUUACUUCAAUUAUCAAUGCUGUGAUUUGUAGAUUGUUAGUUCCAGUCAACAACAUCACAGGAGUUGACGAUUAUAGCAAAUCAGGCAUUAUUCAUGGCGUGGGAGGAAUUAUUGGAGCAACUUUGACUGGAAUCUUUGCAUCGAAAACUGUCGCUAGCUACGAUGGAGUUACCGAAAUUGAUGGAGGAUGGAUAAAUGGAAAUUUUGUCCAAUUGGGCUACCAGAUUGCUUCGUGGGUUAGCAUUGUGUUGUGGACGGCUGUGUUCAGUUUGAUAAUCUUUUUUAUCGUUGACAAAAUUCCCGGCUUGCAGUUGCGGGCAUCUGCUGAAGCUGAGGAAAUGGGCAUGGAUCUUUAUGAAAUGGCAGAAACCGUUGAUGAGUUUGGAAACAACUACAAUGAGCUUUUUACCACCUACGCUAGUAGGUUGAGAGAAAUUGCCAACCAAAUAGACGCUGGGAUGAUCGAGGUAAUUGACGCAGACCGUACAAGCUCAAUUGAGUCUCAGCGAGUAGAGUAUCAAAAAAAGGUUUGA